GUUAGCCCUAAGCUCCUUAGCAUCCUCAAACAGAAUUUGGGGAAGCUGAGAUGGGGUCAGCGCCCUGAAGCCAGCCCCCUCUCUUUUGCCAAGACCCACCUCUGCGCAGCCCUGAGUGGGCAGCUGAAGCCUGCAGCGGGGAAUCCUGAGCAGGAGAUGGAGCCCCAGCUGGGGCCUAAGGCUGCCGGCCUCGGCCCAGGCUGGCCCGUGCUGCUGCUGUGGGUCUCAGCCCUGAGCUGUUCUCUUUCUUCGCUGGCUUCUCCCUCUCCUUCUCUGGUGCCCCGAAGCAGAACCAGCUAUAAUUUUGGAAGGACUUUCCUCGGUCUUGAUAAAUGCAAUGCCUGCAUCGGGACAUCAAUUUGCAAGAAGUUCUUUAAAGAAGAAAUAAGGUUUGACAGCUGGCUGGUUUCCCCCCUCGGACUGCCUCCCGACUACUUGCCUUCUUACCCUGCAAAUUACUCAGAUGAUUCCAAAACCUGGCGCCCUGUGGAGGUCUCCAGGCUGGUCAGCAAACAGCAAAGUGACAUCUCAGACAGGAGAAUCUGCGCCUCUGCAGCAGCCCCAAAGACCUGCAGCAUCGAGCGCAUCCUGAGGAAAACCAGGAGGUUCCAGAAAUGGCUGCAGGCCAAGCGGCUCACACCAGACCUGGUGCAGGGCCUCCCCAGCCCCUUCCUGCGCUGCCCGUCGCAGCGACUCCUGGACCGUGUGGUCCGGCGCUAUGCUGAGGUGGCCGAUGCCGGCAGCAUCUUCAUGGACCACUUCACAGACCGAGACAAGCUGCGUCUGCUCUACACCCUGGCUGUCAAUGCUCAUCCCAUCCUCCUGCAGAUCUUCCCGGGCGCCGAGGGCUGGCCGCUGCCCAAGUACCUGGGCUCCUGCGGCCGACUGGCGGUCAGCACCAGCACCAGCCCGCUGCGGGACUUCUACGGCGCGGCCCCGGACCAGGCGGCCGACCUGGCCUACCAGCUCCUCAGUGUCCUCGAGUCCCUGAGGAGCAAUGACCUGAACUACUUCUUCUACUUCACCCACGUCGACGCGGGCACGUUUGGCAUCUUUAACAAUGGGCAUCUGUUCAUCCGGGAUGCCAGCGCCUUGGGCGUCAUCGACAAGCAGGAAGGCAGCCCGGCAGCUGCCGGGGCAGGAGAGAGUAAAGACAUCUUCAGCUGCCUGCUUUCGGGCUGCCAGGCCGAGCUGCCCUCCUGCUACACCAUCCCGGAGAAGCAGAGCCUGGUGCUCGUGUGUCGGCAGCUGCUACCUCGACUCCUCCAGGGGAAGUUCCCCUCCCCGGUGCAGGAGGAGAUAGACACGGCACUUGCCCAGUGUGGGGAGGGCGCCCACCCCGACCCCGAAGUGCUCGGGGCCGCCAGCCGGCUGAAGGACAUCUUGAGACCCCUGAGAACCUGUGACCCCAGAUUCGCCUACCGCUACCCAGACUGCAAGUAUAAUGAUAAGUUCUGAGCGGCUGGAGCCUUGCCGGCCUCCGGGGACAAUGUCCCUGGCCCUCCCUUGCCCAGGCUGGUCGCUGCAAGGUUGAAAGAAGCAGCUCCGUCCUGGGACAUUCGGAGAGAGGCACCUUCAUUUCCCGGGAACGAAGGAACACUCUGACACCAGAGGGGAGUCGUGCCGCACAGCACGGUUGCCCCUGCUGGCUACAGCAUCACAGAGAAGCCCGGGGCUGGGCGGCAGAAGACCGACCGCAGACACUCACUGGAUCUCGCUGAGCUUCAGUGUCCUCUGUUCUCCACCAGACUCUUGAGUUACUGAAAGAAGACAGGGAUGUGAAGGGCCAGGGACAUGGGCAGGUGGUUACAGAGAGUGUUCCGGAAGCGUGCGCAGGCAGGACACAUGGGACAGAGCGUGGAGGUGGAGGCUGACAUGGAGGGAAGGCAGGGGGAAGGUGAGGCCACUGGCCAGGACCGUGUCAGGCUCAAACAUGAGGGGCCCCCUUCUUGCUCCCUGGCCCUCGCACUAGCCCUUCCGCCGUGCUGCCCACACUGCCACGGAGUGAGGAGACCGCAGGCCAAGGAAACGCAAGGACAGGUGCACAGUCUGGGUGCCUGGGGUCCCGGGUGCUCCUGUGAGGCACCUCGUGGCGUGAGAAGGAGCCCCGGCUGAGAACAGAUGAGCGGUGGGGGGGAGGGGGGAUUGGGCAACGUGUUUGUCCGGGACCUCUGAGAAGCAGGUGUCAGGACGAGGGUGAUUCGGGCAAGGAUCAUAUUAAAGAAGAUCGCUGUGUAGGAGGGAAGAAGGCGGUGUUGCCAGUCUGAGCCCAAGUGAGGGAGAGAAGGUCAGUGGGGGCAUUCUAAGAGUGGCAUCGGCGCUAUAUCUAAAGGAAGGUUCCACAGGGCCCUGCUGCCCUCAGUUGUUGGCAGGGAAGAGCCCGUGGGAAGUGUGACCCUGGCCUCCCCACAGAAACGGCGUUGAGAGUGAGGCGCAGGGCCGGCAGCCAGCUCUGCUCCCUGGAGCAGGAGGCCUGAACAGGACACGCCAGCCACAGCCGGGGCCCCAGGCCAGCUCUGUCCUCACCGUGGCCUCCAGUGUAGCAGUCGAAGGAGUCUGAGAAUUUCCCUUGAACUCGGCCUUACGGGUCGUUGCAACAGUGUUUUUUCAAGGUCAGCCAACAGACCGUAUUCUAUUCAACAAUGUGUUAGUUUGCUUUAUACCUUUGAAAUAUUUAGUCACAUGGUAUGUGGGCCUCCAUGUGGAUUCUUGCCCUGACCCCUCAAGCCUUAGUGGGGGGCUCUUUGGCCCUUUGUCCAGCCUCCCCGUCAGCCCUCGACCCUUAGGGACCUCCCAGUCGUCCUCUCGUCUCCCUCUGAAUCACCACCUUUAGGUCAGAAUGCCUGACUUAAUAAGUCUCAUACUACAGACAGGGAAACUGAGGCCCAGGAGGAAGAGCAACUUGCUGAGAUGGUCCAUGCUCCUCUUGCCUUCCCCUUCAGCUGCUGAUUCACACCCUGUCCUACCCAGUUUGGGCCCCUUCACUCACAUUUACAGAUGGGCCAAGAAACGUCUUAUUUCAUUGUCUACCAGAUUGCUUGCCUUGGGGGGGGGGGGGGUUGCCUUUUGACGGCUCCAGGCACUAACUCCCGGGGCAACCAUGAUAGCAAGGAUGGCAGGCCAAGCUUCUGGAAGGGCAGGCCUGGGCUGCCUGAGAGUCUUGGAGACGGUGGCCUUCUGGCUUGGUCGGGAGGGGUGAGGAUUGACCCAACCUGCAAUAUUCCCCAAGUCCAGUCUAUAGGGGUGGGUUCAAAGGCCAGGCCCAACCAUGAGGGAGUGUGUUGUAUGCAUCUGUACCCAGGGCUGAGGUUCAGACGGUUCCAUUUCUCCACUUACCAAGUUCCAUGCAUCAUAUAAGAUCCUGUCUGAGUCCUACCUUGACCCAGAGCUUUUCCUGACAGCCUGGCCCCCAGGGAGCCCUUUCUGAAUCCCCUCUCUGUACCCCUAACCAUAGGUCUGUGCCCAUGUGAAGCUAAUCCGAAGGGUAUUCCAGAGAGAUCUGUGUCCCACCCUCCCAUCCGGCUGAAAGCAGCCUCCAGAUGGCGGAUGGCGGAUGGCGGUGGUGAGGGCACUUUGUGUUCUCCACAGCAACCCGGCCGGGCACAGAGCAGGUGCUCGAAAAACAGUACACUCUUUAGGCCCUUUUGCUUGGUGUUUGUCACAUACUAUGUGCUCUAGACUCAUGUGUCUCCCCAGAAUUCCUCUCUAGAAAUCCUAAACCCCAGUGUGAUGGUAUUAGGUGCUGGGGUCUUGGGAGGGUGAUCGGCUCAUGAGGGUGGAGCCCUCAUGGAUGGGAUCAGUGCCCUUCUGAAACAGAUCCCAGGGAGCCCCCUUGCCCCUCCUGCCACAUGAGGAUGCAGGAAGGAGAUGGCCAUCUAUGCACCAGCAAGAAGUCUCUCUCCAGACACAGAACCUGCCAGUGCCUUGAUCUCAGACUUCCCAGCCCCCCAGAACUGUGAGAAAUAAAUGUCUGUUGCUUGUCAGCGCCCCCGCCCCCGGGUCUAUGGUAUUUUGUUAUAGCCACCCAAACAGACGAAGACACGUUGCCGGCCAUAUGCAGGACAGAGCGGCUUCCCUGAGAGUUUUGCUAGCUACUGCCUUUUUGUCCUGCAGGACCAGCUCCCUAAUUUGCGGGGCCUCAUGCAAAAAAUGAGAAAGUGGGGCCUCCUGUUAUUAAGACUGGCCAGACAACAGAGCAUGAAACCAAGCGCAGGCCCUGUGAGACUGCAGAGCUUGCGUGCCCGUGAAGCUGGCCCUGGGUGCCGGAGAAUAUGAACUGUUCACCUCGGCAGAGAAUGUCCCUGGGGUUCGCUGGCAUCUCCUUUGACCUCCACCACCAAGGGCACGAGGUGCGGGACCAGAGGCCGUAUACAAAAUACGGAACAACCACCAUGGCAAAGGAACUGAGCUACGAGAACACAUUCCACCUGCCGCAGACUGACGUGGGCAGAACCACAGCCUGGCGGGCAAGUCCGACUCUUCGAAGGAGGAAACGGGUUCAAGCAAUUCGUUCAAAGUGACCAUUUUUCCAGGCCUCUCCUGUAGCAUCUGUCUUCUGCCCGCCAGUGAUUCCAUGAGCCUGAAGGUUUCCUCGAGGGUUAGAAGAUAAAUCGUUUGCUAAAUAAAUCAAUACUUUGCUGGACUUGUCUUCUUUUGGGAAAGAUCUACAGCCAGACCUGGUUUCAUGUAAUGAUUCGGCUGAUUCCUGUGUAACCUUGGGCAAGUUGCUUAACCUCUCUGAGCCUGCAUAAGAUGGGGAGGAAAGGCUCUGCCCUCGCAGGGUUACUGUCCUGUUUCAAUAAUACAGUGUCUCUCAAGAGCCUGGCACAUAUAGGCAUUCUGUAUUUGAAGGCAGAUGUAGGGCAAGAACAGAGGGUCUCCCAGCCCAAAAGGGCUCCUCACAGAGCCAAGGAGAGUGUGGCAGGCUCUGGGAGGCCCCCUGAUCCCGGCCCCAAGGCUCUGCUCCAGCCCAGAGGACCCGUAAGGAAGCCAGGAUGCCGCAGGCUGAUAGUCUGACUGGGGCCAUUGUUAUGGCCUCCUGCUAACCAGACUCUGGCUUGAUCAUGAAUGACAGCUGGGCAGCCACUGUCCACACCUCCUCAGCCCAGCCCUCCCCCAGGCUCAGAAGGGAAUCCUCCUCAAGCAGGUAAUGUUGGAGGCCUUGGGAAGUCCAUCCGCGCUCAGUACUGAAGAGAAACGCGGAAGCCAUGUUGGCCCAUUGAAAGCCUGUGUGCGGAGACGUGGCUUUUCUGCCCACUCCAGGCCUGUUGCCCACGUAUUCUGGCGCAGCUGGGCUCACGUGCGCACAGGUAUACUCUUGGUCUGUCUGCAGCUCUUCAGGGCACUGUUUAAGAACAGUUGCAGUUGCAAGACAUGAGGGAGGGUCAACGCCCAGGCAGGGGGCGGUGAAUUUGCAGAUAUAAUGACCCUCCAAAAGGCAAGUGAGAGGAACAGGCCCUCAAAGGGGAGCUGGGCAACGAGUUCAAGUGGCCCACCCCGUGUAGCUCUUUGUAGGAGCAGACAAGGAGAGGGAGCACCCCCAUCCCACUAGGGUGUCAGAUCCUGCACCAGCCCCUCUUGCAAAAGUCAGCACGUCAAAGUAUUUAUUGCGGUGUUGCUUAUAAUUGAAAAUACUGGAAACAACCUAAGUGACCGUACAUGGGAGAGUGGUUGAAUAAACCAUGAUACCUCCACACAGUAGAGUGCCAUGCAGCUUUGAAAAUGAAUGCGGAUGAUCUCUAUGAACUGAUAAGGAAAGAUCUGCAAGAUACACAGCUAAACAAGAACAACAUAAAAGCAAAACACCAGGAGUAUUUAGAGGAUGCGACCUUUCAUGUAAGAAAAAAAGAGUAUAAGUAAAUAUUUAUGUAUCUGCUCACUUGUGAUACA